CGCGGGGCGCGGCCGCUGCGGCGGCGAGUGCGGGAGCAGGCGGCGAAGGCGGCGGCAGGAGCAGCACCGGGAUCGGACACCGGCACCAGCGGACAGCGGCACCAUGCGUGAGAUCGUGCACAUCCAGGCCGGGCAGUGCGGCAACCAGAUCGGCGCCAAGUUCUGGGAGGUCAUCAGCGAUGAGCACGGCAUCGACCCCACGGGCAGCUACCACGGGGACAGCGACCUGCAGCUGGAGAGGAUCAACGUCUACUACAAUGAAGCCACCGGUAACAAGUAUGUCCCCCGUGCCAUCCUGGUGGACCUGGAGCCCGGCACGAUGGACUCUGUGCGCUCCGGCCCCUUUGGACAGAUCUUCCGGCCCGACAACUUUGUCUUUGGUCAGAGUGGGGCUGGCAACAACUGGGCUAAGGGCCACUACACGGAAGGUGCGGAGCUGGUGGAUUCUGUCCUGGAUGUGGUGAGGAAGGAGUCGGAGAGCUGCGACUGCCUCCAGGGCUUCCAGUUGACCCACUCGUUGGGUGGCGGCACGGGCUCUGGGAUGGGCACCCUCCUCAUCAGCAAGAUCCGGGAGGAGUACCCCGACCGCAUCAUGAACACCUUCAGCGUCAUGCCCUCCCCCAAGGUGUCGGACACGGUGGUGGAGCCCUACAAUGCCACCCUCUCUGUGCACCAGCUGGUGGAGAACACGGAUGAGACCUACUGCAUUGACAACGAGGCCCUGUAUGACAUUUGCUUCCGCACCCUGAAGCUGACCACUCCCACGUACGGGGACCUCAACCACCUGGUGUCGGCCACCAUGAGCGGCGUGACCACCUGCCUUCGCUUCCCUGGCCAGCUGAACGCCGACCUGCGCAAGCUGGCGGUCAACAUGGUGCCUUUCCCCCGGCUGCACUUCUUCAUGCCAGGCUUUGCCCCUCUCACCAGCCGUGGCAGCCAGCAGUACCGAGCCCUGACGGUGCCCGAGCUGACCCAGCAGAUGUUCGACUCCAAGAACAUGAUGGCGGCCUGCGACCCCCGCCACGGUCGCUACCUGACAGUGGCCGCCAUCUUCCGGGGCCGCAUGUCCAUGAAGGAGGUGGACGAGCAGAUGCUCAACGUGCAGAACAAGAACAGCAGCUACUUUGUGGAGUGGAUCCCCAACAAUGUGAAGACGGCCGUCUGCGACAUCCCCCCGCGUGGCCUCAAGAUGUCCGCCACCUUCAUUGGCAACAGCACGGCUAUUCAGGAGCUCUUCAAGAGGAUCUCGGAGCAGUUCACGGCCAUGUUCCGGCGCAAGGCCUUCUUGCACUGGUACACUGGCGAGGGCAUGGAUGAAAUGGAGUUCACGGAGGCUGAGAGCAACAUGAACGACCUGGUCUCUGAAUACCAGCAAUACCAGGAUGCCACUGCUGAUGAGCAGGGGGAAUUCGAAGAGGAAGGAGAGGAGGAUGAGGCAUAAAAUUGAAAUGGGUAGGAGUUAAGUAUAGUCUGAGCAGGCAAGUGUUCAUUGAGAGGAGGAAUCUGUGCAGUUGUGCUGAAGCAUGCAUUUUUUAAUUUGGUGCUCUCCACUGUUGCUUCUGUCAGCAGUUUUGUAUCCUUGACUGUCCAAUGUAACAGUAGUUGCAAAAAUACUUCAGAGUCUUCUGUCGAAAUGGUUAACUUCUCAAACAUAAAGGCUUUUUGUGUCCUAAACUGUCUCCUCUGCCUUAUUUCUCUCUAUACUAAGAAAGUAAUUCUUGUGUAGCUUUCUGUAGCUUCACUUCUCAGUUUAAUCCUUAAUCUCAUUCAAAAGUUAAACUCAAUAAAACAAGAUUUCUCUGGGUCAUGAAUUUGACAGCAUGAGUAAACAGCAGUUGCUCAGCUUAAGAUGGUAGUUAAUUUAUGGAAACUGGGGGUUUAGUGUUAGACACUCCUGUGCCUAACAGCUAAUCUAUUGCUGGGGAGAAAGCUGCCUUAACUAAUAGAAACAAGACACUGCCGUUGAGUGUCCUGCAACUCCUAUUUAUGGACAUACAUGGUAGUGAGGUCAGGGAGAAGGUAUUGAAUGCCACAUUACAAGCUGUCAAAACUGAUUUGACAGGAUAGCUGCAGGAUUCCCCACUGCCGUUCAGCAGCUCUUAUUUAACUUGUUCCAUGGCUUAGACUACAUGCAUGUGGUAGCUGCCUGUAAUUUGACUUGGUCCUGAGCUGUCCUGUCCCCUCCAACCCUCCUCUCUAAAGCGGAAGGUCAAUGCAGAGAAGCACGGCUCUGUACUAGCAGACGAGUUGAACUUGAUUAAGAACCUGAACUUUCUCUUCGGAUUUAAAAUUCUUGAGUGUUUCCCAGAAAUAGCCACUUAGCUGCCUUAACUCUUAAGGGGAUUGACUCUUCAAGGGAAUCGAUUCCCCUUAGGACAUAAGAGGUGACAGGCAGAUUUCUAGAUAACAUGGCUCAAAGGGCUGUCCAGAGCAUACAUAAAAUCUUGGAGUAGUCAGGUAGAUACCCUGACAAUAGCUGUCUCCUCCCACAUCCAAGUUCUGCGUUUACAGGACUAUUCUUGUUUGCUCUUGGUCCCUGCAGCAGGCAAUGGAGCUCUACCCAGGCAGGCGAGAGCAGGGCAGCAGCACCCUGUUGUGCAUCUUGGCAAAGGUAAGUGUUGCUCCCUUACAGAUGAGGGAGGGGGGGAGAUUUGUUUAGCUGUAUACUGAAAGGAUGCAAGAAUCCUGAGUGAGCCUACAGUGCAGUUGUCAGUAGUUAUGAGGCCUAUGAGACUUUUACUCCUACGAAAAAAAGUAAAAUCCCCCACAGAGUAUAGCAGCUACCCAGUAUAUAAGCUUAGCCCUUAGUUCACCCAAACACCACUUCAGGGGAGUGCUCCUGUACUAAAAGAAGUGUUGCUUUGAGACCUGCCACAAUUGCUGUGGUCCUUACUGCUCUGAAAGAGCUGGAAUCCACAUGUGUGCAAUCUCUUUUGUGACCCUUUGAUUAAAUGCUCGUAAGGCAUUACUGGAAUAAAGACUUAAAAGGGAGCUACUGUGCAUGACUAAUAUCUUGCCUGGUUUUGGCUCUGUUAAUUGACUGCUGCCUGCCCUGUUCCUUUGCUGAUGGGCUGCUUAACCUAUGGUGAGAUCCACAAUGGUCUGCAGGAUAACAGGCGCUUGCUAAAGCUUUUCUCUCCUCUGUGCUUCAUUUCUGGUGUACACUCUGUAAAGAGGGCUGAGAAACACUUAAACUGCCUGAAUGGUCCGUAAACAAACACAACUGUAUAUACCCACAAUAGUAUUUGUAUUUCUUAGCACUUCAGCAGUUCUAGGAUUAAGCAUUAAACAAAUGGAGGUUGUUCUAGUAACUGAGUUACUACACACUGCCCCAGGCCCUUUGGGGAAAUAACAGCUUAUUUGGUUGUCAAAGUAACCUUCCCUUGAAAUUACCUAGCUGGGUUGCACUUGAAGCUGUUUAUCAUAUAGCUUUGUUUGUAAAGCCGAGAAGGGGAGCCAGCAAAUGAAUUUAAACAAAGUUUGACUAAAAGAUGAGAAUCCAGUCUUCGAUAGUAAAGAUCUUCCUUUCUGCCGUGGGACUGUAGCAGGUUUCACUAGUGUUCAGCAUGUCUAGCUUCUAAUUCUUAGUGUAAUUACGCUCUGUCUCUGGCUAACCCUUAAAUAUAGCUACCCAAGCGACACAUUUCAGUACAGCUCCCUUUCUAGAAAGUAGGACACCAUCCUACAUUCCUUGCUGUUGUUUGUAUUCUGUUUUUUUCUAGAGGAAGAGGAACCAUAAAUAAAGAUACUCUAGACAGAAACAUGUCCUUUCAUAAAUCCUACACAGCUUAUUUG